UCUGGCAAUCAAUAUCUAUAGUGUUAAUAUUUUCAUCGAUAAGAGGUGAUUGCAAGGAAAAAUGUAUGUCAGACUUAAAACUGGCAGCAGUAGGCAAUACUGUAUUUGGCUUGAAUGUAAAAGAACUAAGAAAUAAGGAGCGGUGUAUUCAGAAUGCUACAGAUACGUCAUGGAUUCUUCAAACGAAUGACACUGAAGCUGGAAUUUCUCUAAAUUAUCCUGUAAAAUGUCAGCAAGGCUGCCAGCAUUGCAAUAAUGAAUCCCUUCGACCAUAUCCUCCACAAGAGAUUACUUACAGAUCAACGACUGGAUCAGACUUGUGUGUCGGAUGGAAAGGAAAUGUGUCAACAAAUUAUACAAUGUAUUAUAGACAAGACAGGUAA